AUAUGCUUCAGUCCUCACUUACUCUUCCACAAUGAUCUUCUAAGAUCAAGCUGUGCUACCUUUUCUGACAAAAGAGCCCGUCAGAACAUUGAAGGGUUUCCUAGGGCCAGAUAAUUUUCACCCAAUCUGGCUGUUCAGUUUUCUGAUUUUUACCUGUGUUGCUCUUUUUAGACACUUCUGUGGGUGUUGCCUGUUUUAACCAGUAGAGAACAUGUCUGAGUUCAGCCAAAACUCUGACCAGGAGGAUGUUUUUUCUGAGGAGAUUGAUGAAGACGAAAUUUUAGCAAACUUGUCCCCAGAAGAACUGAAGGAGCUACAAAGCGAAAUGGAAGUCAUGGCUCCAGACCCCGAAGUGCCAGUUGGAAUGAUACAGAAAGAUCAGACUGAAAAACCCCCAACAGGAAACUUUGACCACCGAUCCCUGGUUGAUUACUUGUAUUGGCAGAAGGCAUCCAGGCGCGUGCAUGAAGAUGAGAGAGUUCCAGUCACUCUCUUACCAUCGGAGAGACUCACUUCAGAAAGGUCCGAAGAAAAUGUUGCCAAGGAUAGCAAUGAGAAUCAAAUGGUGAAGAAUAUGGCACAGGAAACAAAUGGAGAUGUAAGAGACUACAAAGAUAAUGAAGAAGAAGAGGAGGAGGAGGAGGAAGAGGAAGAGGAGGAGGAGGAGGAACUCCUUCCUACCCGUGAGGAAGACGAGGAGGAGGAGGAGGAGGAAGAUGGUGACAAAGCAAAGGAACAAGAUGAAGAAGAUGAAAAAGUUAAGGAAAAUCCAGGGGCAACAGGUGAAAAAGAAGAAAAAAGUGAAACAAAAGUGUCAAAGUUAAAUAUUCCCAAAAAGUUAGCUCUUGACACCAGUUUUAUUAAGUUAAGUGCAAGACCUUCAGGAAAUCAAACCAACCUAGAACAGAGUUUGGCAAAAGUCCAGAAGAAUGACCCAGACAUGACAGAACUCAAUCUGAACAACAUUGAGAACAUCCCUAAAGAAAUGCUGAUGGACUUUGUCAAUGCCAUGAAAAAGAACAAGCACAUAAAAACGUUCAGUUUAGCCAAUGUGGGGGCAGAUGAUAAUAUCGCUUUUGCCCUGGCCAACAUGCUACGUGAAAACAGGAGCAUCACUACUUUGAAUAUUGAUUCCAACUGCAUCUCAGGUAAAGGGAUUGUUGCUCUUAUGAGGUGCCUGCAGUACAAUGAGAAGUUGACUGAGCUGCGUUUUCACAAUCAGAGGAGUAUGUUGGGCCAUCAAGCAGAGAUGGAGAUUGCCAGGCUACUAAAAGCCAACCCUACCCUACUUAAGAUAGGCUACCACUUUGAACUUCCCGGUCCCAGGAUGGUGGUGACCAAUCUGCUUAGCAGAAACCUUGACAAGCAGAGGCAGAAAAGGAUGGACGAGCAAAGGCAGCAACAAUUAAAGCAGCAGAAAGAGCUAAUAGCCAUGUUAGAGAAUGGACUCGGGUUGCCUCCUGGGAUGUGGGAACUGCUGGGGGGACCAGUGCCAGCCGCAAUGAUACCUCCGCCGGCGCAACCUCCCAGGCCACCCGUCGCCAAAGCUCCAUCUGCUGGCAGAAGAACUGAACCUGUGAGAAAACCAGCCCCGGAAAAUGAAAGGAGCGACAAUACUCCCGCCUUCAAAGUAGUGAAACUGAAGAGGACCCAGCGCAAACCCACUAUACCAGAAUACGUGGAACCAGCUGAAAAAACAAACCUCAAGGAUGUGAUCAAGACAUUAAAGCCGAUUCCAAGAAGACGGCCUCCUCCCCUGGUAGAAAUCACUCCUAGAGAUAAGCUUCUUAAUGAUAUUCGUCAGAGCAAUGUCGCUUAUCUUAAACCGGUGCCAGUUCCGAAAGAGUUGGAGUAGGACACCCCACUCAGUUGAAGGAAACAACAUGAAAGGAAAAUGACAAUAACGACAACUGCAAAACCACAGACUGUUCAAGUGUUGCUUCAGUUUUUUUAGGGGGCUGUUUCCUUCAGGAGGAAGACAUGAAGAUGUGGGAACAAUGUUAGAGGCAUGUUGGUCUGUAGAAAUGAUGAUUUAAAAGGACAGAAUGGAAACAGUGCAUAUGGUCAAUAAUUCCCAUCUAGUCUCAAGCCAAACAGUCUCCAUCAGCCAGCUGGACUUUUAAUUUCUUUGCAGAAUGGGGUGCAAAGUGGUUACUUUUCUUCCCCUUGUCAAAUUAUGUUGCUAUUUUUUUGAAUAUUCAUUCAGUAAAUCUUAAUGCAAGCAUGUAAUACUCUCUUUUAAACAUACAGAGGCAUGUGGUGUCCUUUUAUGAGGGUCCCCCCCCUCUUCUCCCUCCUCAGUUCUCCUGUGUAGCUGUGUGGAAUGCUUGUCAGCUUCAAAACACUCUUCUUCCCAAACCAUCAUUGCUUUUGUUUUUGUGAGAUGAAGGAU